UUGGACCCCCCUCCCUCUCUCUCUUUUCUUUGUUUCACACCCCUCCCUCCUUCUCAGGGGAUGAUGUGAGCAGCAGCUGGAGAGGAUUGGACCCCCCUCCCUCUCUCUCUUUUCUUUGUUUCACACCCCUCCCUCCUUCUCAGGGGAUGAUGUGAGCAGCAGCUGGAGAGGAUUGGACCCCCCUCCCUCUCUCUCUUUUCUUUGUUUCACACCCCUCCCUCCUUCUCAGGGGAUGAUGUGAGCAGCAGCUGGAGAGGAUUGGACCCCCCUCCCUCUCUCUCUUUUCUUUGUUUCACACCCCUCCCUCCUUCUCAGGGGAUGAUGUGAGCAGCAGCUGGAGAGGAUUGGACCCCCCUCCCUCUCUCUCUUUUCUUUGUUUCACACCCCUCCCUCCUUCUCAGGGGAUGAUGUGAGCAGCAGCUGGAGAGGAUUGGACCCCCCUCCCUCUCUCUCUUUUCUUUGUUUCACACCCCUCCCUCCUUCUCAGGGGAUGAUGUGAGCAGCAGCUGGAGAGGAUUGGACCCCCCUCCCUCUCUCUCUUUUCUUUGUUUCACACCCCUCCCUCCUUCUCAGGGGAUGAUGUGAGCAGCAGCUGGAGAGGAUUGGACCCCCCUCCCUCUCUCUCUUUUCUUUGUUUCACACCCCUCCCUCCUUCUCAGGGGAUGAUGUGAGCAGCAGCUGGAGAGGAUUGGACCCCCCUCCCUCUCUCUCUUUUCUUUGUUUCACACCCCUCCCUCCUUCUCAGGGGAUGAUGUGAGCAGCAGCUGGAGAGGAUUGGACCCCCCUCCCUCUCUCUCUCUCUUUCUCUCUCUACUCUCUCUCUCUAUUUCCCUCUGUGUGGUACUCGCUGAGUGCAGGAGAGGAGGGGAUUUCAUUUGGGUCCUGAACUGUUGAGUUUUCACAGAGCGAGUCACAUUCAACAGCACAUACUCGCACAUCACACUUUCUCACUUACAGAGGCAGGAUUGUCAGCGAACGCAGUGCGGUACCCUGUGGGAUUUCUACCACUAGUGGACUGGUCUGGUCUGGACCUCCAAGCUAUUCGCAAACACUGUGCUGGGAGGAGGAACAGGGAAACACUGCUUUAACGAGAGCAGAGAGGAGAGGUCGCCAGUGGUGGACAAAGCUGCUACAUAACUAUUUGGAGAAUGGAAAACACAUAAGGAAAUCAUAAACUCGUGUACACUAUGAAGGAAAAUGCUGUGUAAAGUUUUUGGACAAUUGUUCAUGGAAUAUACCCUGGAAUAUUGAAACUGCGGAUUUCUCUUAAGGCAAUUUCAAAGGACAAAGGUAAGACACAUCAAUUGUGAUGUUUCAGAGGAUUUUAGUCCAGAGCAUCAGAUAUUUGAGCUAUUUUGGACUGUUUUGAGCGGCUGGCGUGCACUACAUUUACCAAAACAAACAUUUAUAACCUACAAACCAAACCAACUCUGUCUGUUUCCAUUAUUCAUCAGUCACAUUUGUGAUUGAUUGAACUAUGUGAGUGAACAACUCCAUACAAAUCAAUUCUGUUGAAAAACUAUGUAACGUCAAUUAGGAUUAGUUUGUGUGUGCUUGAGAGACAUGAACUACAUACUUUAGUUGUUUGGACAUUAGAUAGUUUCUUCCCAACCUUGUUGGUCUGUCUCAGACUCCAAGCCUUUGACCUCUGGUCUGGCCCACUAUAGAGGACGGUUCUAAAGCCUCAGCAUGGCCCGGAGGAUGAGGAUGCGUUGUACCAUGGCGGCCUGCCCCUUAUCCUGCCUCUUCCUCUCCUUCCUUCUGACGAGGUCCAGCAUGGCCCAGGACCUCACUGGCUCCACCACCAGUGACACGGACACCAUCCAAACCCAGACAGCUCCGAUGACCCCCACCACGGUGGAGCCCGUCACCAUGCUAGUAACCACAGAGUUCGGUGGCGUGUCGACGCCUAGCGGUGACAUCGCGGACGAUGAGGACGUCAUCCCGACCAAAGGCACCCUUUGCCAAGGUUACUACGACGUGAUGGGCCAGUGGGACCCACCUUUCAACUGCAACAUGGGCGUUUUCCUGUACUGCUGCGGCACCUGCUUCUACCGCUUCUGCUGCCAGUUCAGAGGGCAGCGCCUCGACCAGAGCAUCUGUUCAAACUAUGACACGCCCAUCUGGGCCAACACGGGCAAGCCCAUCACCAUGGUGACCGAGGAUCACAGUGACCAGGAGAGGGAUCGAACCCACAUGAUCGUCUACAUCAUCUGUGGGGUGGUGGCCAUCAUGGUGCUGAUGGGCAUCUUCACCAAGCUGGGCCUGGAGAAGAUCAGGGGAUCAGCAGGGGCACAGAACGACCCCAGCAACGCCAGGGAAUAUGACCUGCUCCAGAAGUUGAGAUGGAGAGAGAGAGAGCGAGGAGAAGAAAGGCACAAAGGAAGAGAAACAAAGAGAGGGAGGAGAUCACAAUAUGACCAGAGGACCAUAACAGAGCUUAUGAAACAACCCGGAGGAGAGGUGAGCUCAGUGGAAAGUACAAUCACCAACCCCCCUAUCAGAACCAACGGAGUCUCAGCUAGGAUGCUACGGAGCCGCAGCGAGCACUACCACCUGAACAAUUCAGCCUUCUAUCCAGGAAUGCCUCACCCCCACAGCAAUCUCAGUGGACUGGGCCUCAACAAGUACACCUCCCUCAGGGCUGUGGCAGACACUGCCUCUGGAGGCUACUAUAAGAGCUACCCUUUGAUGGACUUCUCCCAGUACCAGGCAGGCCCUUCAGCCUUCCAGCCCAUCUCCCUGCACCCCAAAGACAAGUCCUACCUACACCAAGACCACCACCAGCUCUCCUCCCAGCACAACCUCCCAACAACCCUCUCCAUCUCCCAGAGCCACCUGGAGAGGUCCUGUUUGCCCAAGACCACCAGCCACCCUCUGUUCUCCAGCUCAGCCUUCAAAGCCUGGGACACCAGUGGACGCCACGUCCAGAGGCAGACCUCCCACCCUGGGCACAUCUCGGCCCAUCGGCAUGCCUACUCCACCAGGAGACAGCACAGUGUAGAGAAUUUCCCGGAGCUGUUCAAACACCCUGUGCCGUACAGCCACCCAUCCUCCUACCACCACACCAGGCAUAAGAGCUACUCCACCAACAGCAAGACGGAGGUCACUGUCUGAGCACGGAACUCUGAGUUCCCCUGUGCAGACAGAGA